ACAUAUUUAUUGUGCGAGACGGAAGAAAUUCGAAAAUCAGUGACAUCAUGAUUGACCAUAUUUUUAAGCGAAAUGAUGAGGAUCAACAGAAAAAAUGCUCAGUGAUGUUAUGGAUACGAUAAGGUUUCGCGAAUUGUGUGCGUUUUAUAUCGAGGGAAUGCAGCGAUCCUGGCGGCGGCUUUUCCAGUCGGACGUCUCUCUUUCGCCCGUCUAGAAGUAUAUACCUAUCCCUAUUGCCAAAACCAGAGCACAUUUUUCUCGAAAAUACGCAGACAUGGGCGUGAAUGUCGAGGUUCUAUCUCCCGGAGACGGACAAACCUACCCCAAAACAGGACAAACUGUCGUUGUCCAUUACACAGGUACUCUGGCUAAUGGAAAGAAAUUCGACUCUAGCAGAGACCGUGGAGUUCCUUUCAAGUUCAAAAUCGGCAAGGGUGAGGUAAUCAAGGGCUGGGAUCAAGGAGUUGCUCAAAUGUGUGUUGGAGAGCGUGCCAGGUUAACUUGUCCACCAGAAGUUGCCUAUGGACCUAGAGGACACCCUGGCGUUAUACCACCAAAUGCUACCCUUAUCUUCGAUGUUGAGCUGUUGAAGGUGGAGUGAAGAAGGUGCUGCCUUGAAGCAAUAAUUACCAUGCACUGAACUGACCAAACUAUUUCAUCUUGGCACCUGACAAUUAAACAGCGCUUAUAUUUCAUUAAGUGACUAUAUGAUAAGUAGUCGUAAGGCAGAUGGCACACUGUACAAUGUUUAUUCAAUCGCUUUAUUCAUAAAAACCUAAAAUCAGAAAUAAUGUAUCUAGACGAAAGAUUAAAGUCAAGGACAUUUUUUAACUAUAGCAAAAAUGUCCCAAGUCAUUUGUACAGUUGAAGCUUUUUAUGGCUUACAGUUUUUAUAAAAACAAAUUGAUCAUGGAGUUUUCUCAAGUUAUAAGCGAUUGAAUCAGAACAAACCAGAAGCAUUUUAAAAAUUUUAAUAUUUGUGUUCAUUCCACAUAUUAAUACUUCGUAAUUUGAUAUCUUUACUUCAACAAUUUGUACAAAUUUCAAAUAUGCUGCAAUUUAUAUUUUAUAAUUAUAAAAUGAAUAUUGAUGUAAUCGUCAAUCCUUAUGUGACCAAAUCAAUAAAGACUUUCCUCUGUCAAAGUA